AUGCCAGCGCUUGGCUACGAAAUGACGACGUCAUAUGAAAUGUGUUCGACGCGGUACGUGGUGAAUGAGGAGUACAUGAUGCCUCAGUUGUGGGACAAGCAAGUGCCGAGUCCCUACUCCACAUACAUGUAUAGGGGUGUACCGGAAAGCCAGCCUCGCGUCGAAGCUGCUAUGUUUUACAAUACUGACAUGCAACUUGAGACCAGCAGUAGUGAGGCGAGCGGUACGAGUAGUACCUCGCUGUCCCAGCACUGUGCUAUCUGUGGCGAUCGGGCCACUGGCAAACAUUAUGGAGCGUCCUCUUGUGACGGUUGCAAGGGCUUCUUCAGACGAAGUGUUAGGAAGAAUCAUCUAUAUACUUGCCGAUUUAGCCGAAACUGUGUCGUGGACAAAGACAAGAGGAAUCAGUGCCGCUAUUGCCGUUUAAGGAAGUGCUUCAAAGCCGGAAUGAAAAAGGAAGCUGUUCAGAACGAAAGAGACAGAAUCAACUGCAGAAGGCCGUCAUACGAGGAGCCAACACAGGCGAAUGGACUGUCUGUCACGUCGCUACUCAAUGCAGAAUUGCUUAGCAGAAAAGUAACUGAUGAGACACAUAACACAACAGAUGCAGAGAUCAGUAACCGCAAUUUGGCGAAGAUUAACGAUGUGUGUGAUUCAAUCAAACAACAACUUUUGAUUCUGGUUGAAUGGGCUAAAUAUAUUCCCGCCUUCACAGAGUUACAUAUCGAUGACCAGGUUGCAUUGCUGAGGGCACACGCGGGCGAACAUCUGUUGCUGGGUUGUGCGAGGCGGUCCAUACACCUUAAAGAUGUCCUGCUCUUGGGGAACAAUUGCAUUAUCACCAAACACAAUAUAGAUGGCCGGAUGGAUGUGGACAUCAGUAUGAUCGGAAUGAGAGUGAUGGAUGAGAUCGUGACGCCGCUUCGAGAGAUUGACAUCGACGACACGGAGUUCGCUUGCCUCAAAGCUAUCGUCUUUUUUGAUCCCAACGCAAAAGGCCUCUCCCAACCGCAGAAAAUAAAGCAGCUGAGGUAUCAGAUCCAGAUAAAUCUGGAGGAUUACAUAAGUGACAGGCAGUACGAAGGGCGUGGUCGGUUCGGCGAACUCCUCCUUUGUCUUCCACCCCUCCAGAGCAUCACCUGGCAGAUGAUUGAGCAGAUACAAUUUGCCAAACUGUUUGGUGUGGCCCACGUUGACAGCUUGUUGCAGGAAAUGUUGUUAGGAGGUGCGUCAACAGAGGGCGCCGUGGAGGGGCAAGGCCAGGCUGCUUCCCCCCUUUCUUCAGCUGCGUCUCCCCCCCUCGUGCCUCAGAUUCCCAUAGCAGAACCCUUCUUGGACGCAGCCUUCAAACAAGAACCCACCAUGUAG